AUAACAAUAGCGGUACUCUCGAGCUAUCCAAAAAAAAAAAAAAAAAAAAACGAGCUUCUGUCCUGUCAUGACCUGAGCGAGGUCACGUACCACAGCGCGAGGGCACGCGGUGCCACACAGAAGAAGUGCGCGCGCACUCACCUCAUUAAAGGCGCCAUAUAACCGUGUCAAAUUAAUGCCAGACCAAAGCACCGGGACGCGAUAAUCUAGCGUCAUUAAUUGGUCUUCAAUUAUUGUUUGAGUUUUUCAAGAGGGGACAUUUAAUGAAUGGGGGUUUAUCAAAACUGCAUGCAAACAGGACAGAAAUAGGCCUGCUUUCACUUGUUUCAUUGCAAUAAAUGACUACCACUUGGGCACAGUCCCGUUCAAAUGGGGCAAAAGCAUCACCAUUACGCACACUAUGUUCCAAAAUAAAUAUUGACGCACUUUACGCGCAGUGUUCAAGGAAGCACCUCGGACUGCAUCUACUACACUAGCCAAUCGGAGCUGAGAGGGAUCAUUUAAGAAAUCAUUAAUAUCGCCAAUGCGUCAAACAUGACCGUGUCAGGGGGGAUCCAGUGCGCGUAUAAAUACGGCGAGCCGAUUCGGAGAGAGGUAGUCAUUUUGGAGAGCGCAAAGCGAGCGGUGGCAACCCGAGGAACUCCACAUUUCACUUCAGCCGAUAUUUAUUUAUUUAUAUAUCUAUUUAUUCUGACCUUUGCUUUGGGAUGAGCGGACUGCUUCUGAAAUUUUUCUGGGUGGCAGCAUUUAGCCCACUCCUCUCGGCGCCGGGGCUCCGGGCUUCUCCGGUGGUGGGGCAGGAACCCAUUCGCUGCGCGCCGUGCUCCCUGGAGCGGCUAGCCGAGUGUCCCGCGGUGGAUGCCGGUUGUGAGGAAGUGCGUCCUGAGCCGGGCUGCGGCUGCUGCCUUGCCUGCGCGCUGAAGAGGGGUGACCAGUGCGGGAUCUACACUGCGCCCUGCGGCUCGGGGCUCCGCUGCUUACCCAAACCAGGAGAACCCCGACCUCUACACGCGCUCACCCGAGGACAAGCGGUUUGCACUGAGACCCCAGAACCCGAUCAGAACCAAAACGCCCAGACGCAAGAUUAUCCCGAGUCUCAUAACGGGGCAACGGCGGCGAAUGAAGGCAGCGCUGCCCUCUUUGUACCCGGCCACGGAAAGCCUUUCGACCCGCGGGUCAUCAUCGCCAAAGAGAGCAUGAAGGCCAAAGUCAACGCCAUACGCAGAAAACUUGUCGAGCAGGGUCCUUGUCAUAUUGAACUGCAGACAGCUCUUGAUAAAAUUACUAAAACUCAUCAGAAACUGGGAGACAAACUGACCAGAUUCUACCUUCCAAAUUGUGACAAACAUGGUCUAUACAAAGCCAAACAGUGUGAAUCGUCUCUGGAUGGUCAGAGGGGGAAGUGUUGGUGUGUGUCAUCCUGGAAUGGGAAGAAAAUUCUUGGAUCAAGUGACCUGCCAGCAGAUGCCGAGUGUCCCGAGGAACUCAACCACUGAUCUCUCAUAUUUGCACACACACACUGGAAGAUCUAAGGAACUCAGACACUGAUUUCUCUCUUACAAAAACACACACAUACAUAUAGACCAUUAUGCCACUAAUUUUUAUCAUUAUAUAUUUUUUUUAGUAUUUAUUUAUUAUUAGUGGUGAUAUUUAAUACAGGUACACUGUUUUGAUUUAGUAAACUCCCUGAACUCUCCAAAAAAAAAAAAAAAAAAAAAAUAAA